CACGCACACAGCUGGCGUGCCUGACGCUCCAGCGGAGAGCAGAAAAAGAGCCGGUCCGCUCCGAGCUGCGCGUCUUUUUUCUUUUCUUCACCCCGUGAUCAUUAAAAGAACUUUACGGAGGUGAGACGCAGAGUGCGGAAGAAUAAGUCAAUCGGUCGAAAGGGGUGGAAAAAAGAAGCAGCCUCAAGUCCCGGUAAAGCAGUGGAGCCGGGAGCCAAGGGGGAGCUAUGCCAUCUCCCGCAGAGUGGAGCCCAGUCCUCCUGCGUCGCGUGUCGGAGCUGCAGCAUGGUGCCCCUCUCCGGACCCUGGACCCACCGCCUCGCCGCCGGGGGACCCCCGCGCCUCCUCCUCCUCUUCCUUGCGCUGCUGCUGCUCGGCGCCCUCUCGUCGCAGGAGCCGUGCACACUGCCACCGCCGUCGUGCCACAUCCUCGCCCGGAUCGGACACAGCGUGCGCCUCGGCGCGCUGCUGCCCGCCCGCCAGCCGGCCCGGAUACAGAACGCGCUCAACCGCGCCCUAGCUAGCCUCCGGCACCAGAACGCCGCCGCAGCUGCAACCACCUCGGACUCCACCGCCACCUCCACCACCCCGGGCAGCGGCAGCCCGGCUCGGAGCCUCCCGCUGCUGCCCUACAACCUGAGCCUGGAAGUGCUGGCUCGCUCCCCGGCCGGAUGGGACCCUGCGUCGCUGUCCCGCUGCGCCUGCCAGGAGCUGGUGGUGCGCGGGGUGAGCGCCGUGCUCGCCUUUCCGCGCUCCAGCGAGGAGCUCGUCCAGGUGGAGUUCCUCUCCUCUUUCCUGGAGACCCCCUUCAUCUCCAUCCUGGAGGACACGGAGCCCCUGGUCACUAAGAACGCCUUCCACCUGCAGAUGUCGGCCCGCGUGCCUCCGUCGUCGCUGGGCAGCCUGCUGCUCGCCGUCCUGCAGGCGGGCGACGGCGGGGAGGAUGGCGGCUGGCGAGGCGCGGCCGUGCUUUGCCCCGGUUGGGAGGAAGGCAGCGACGGUCUGCUGUCCCACCUGCAGAGCCACAGCGGGGCCGCCUGGCACCUGUGGAACGUGGUCAACCUGACCCAAGUCUCCAACGGCGCUGGCGAGGAGAGGCGGGAGGACCAGAGGGAAGAAGAGGUCCUGCGAAUCCUCUCCACACGUUUACUCCGGGCCGCCUCGCCCGUCUCCAGCGUCCUCCUGCUGGGCUCGGACCCCGAGUGCCUCUCUUCGGUGCUUCGGGUGGCCCAGCGGCUCGCCCCGUCGUUGCCGGCCCUGCAGUGGAUCAUGGGCUACCCGCUGUCGCCGGACUCCCUGCAUACUUUGGGGGGCCCCCUGGGACUUCUGGCCUAUGGGGAAGUGGGGCGCAAGCCUAUCAGCUUCUACAUUCGCGAUGCGCUGCAGCUGAUUGGCCGAGCCAUCACGGUGGCAGCCGCGGCCAGGCCCGACUUGGCGCUGAUACAGAACAUGGUCAACUGUUACGAUAAAGCCACGCGACGGGAACCGCCUUCUCCGGGACGAUAUCUGUCCAGGUUUUUCUCCAACACCUCCUUCACUGGUGCCACAGGGCUGAUCCAGGUGGACGCUGACCUCUCCAGAGUUCUUUCCUCACAGCUCUUCCAUGUCUGGAGCCUUAAGAGGGGCGCCUUGGGCCAGCCGGCCUGGGUGACUGUCGGUCAGUGGUCCCGAGGCAGGCUGGAGUUGGAAGGCGGUGUCCAGGGUCUGGUGGGAGGCUUCAGCAGCAGCCAGGGUCAAGGCCUCGGCGCCGGGGUGAGGGGAAGUGACGGUCAAGGGGACUUUAACCCCGGGGGACGCUGGAGGCCCGGGCUGUCUGUGGAGGGGCAUCGUCUACAGGUGGUCACCCUGGUGGAACACCCGUUUGUGUUUACCCGCGAGGUGGACGAGGACGGGUUGUGUCCUGCAGGACAGCUCUGUCUGGACCCCAGGACCAAUAGGUCGGAUGUGAUACAAGGACUGUUCAACCAGUUGCAUAACCCAAACGCAUCAGCAGCAGAUUGGGAAGGCAGUGGCCUUCCGGAGGAUCUGCGUAAGUGCUGCUACGGCUACUGCAUCGACCUGCUGGAGAAGCUGGCGGAGGACAUGGGCUUUACCUUUGACCUCUACAUUGUCGGGGACGGGAAGUACGGGGCCAUGAGCGGCGGCGGCCGCUGGACGGGCCUGGUGGGCGACCUGAGGAGCGGCACGGCGGACAUGGCGGUCACCUCGUUUUCCAUCAACUCGGCCAGGAGCAGAGUCAUAGACUUCACUUCGCCCUUCUACUCCACCAGCCUGGGCAUCCUGGUGCGUAGUCAGGACACCGCCGCCCCCAUCGGCGCCUUCAUGUGGCCCCUGCAUUGGUCCAUGUGGGUGGGCAUCUUCGUCACGCUGCACCUCACCGCCCUCUUCCUCACCUUGUACGAGUGGAACAGCCCCUUCGGCAUGACCCCACACGGGCGCAACAGGGUUCGCGUCUUCUCCUACUCCUCCGCCCUCAACCUGUGCUACGCCAUCUUGUUUGGCCGCACCGUGGCCACCAAGACCCCUAAAUGCUGGACGGGCCGCUUCCUGAUGAACCUGUGGGCCAUCUUCUGCCUGCUGGUGCUCUCCAGCUACACGGCCAACCUGGCCGCCGUCAUGGUGGGCGAAAAGACCUUCGAGCAGGUGUCGGGAAUCCACGACGACAAGCUGCACCAUCCGUCGCUGGGUUUCCGGUUCGGCACGGUGCGGGAAAGCAGCGCCGAGGAUUACAUGAAGAAGAGCUUUCCCGAAAUGCACGACUACAUGCGGCGCUUCAACCAGCCCACCACCCCUGAGGGCGUGCGUAUGCUCAAGACGGAUCCUCCCAGUCUGGAUGCCUUCAUCAUGGACAAAGCCCUGCUAGAUUUCGAGGUGUCCAUCGACGCAGACUGUAAGCUGCUGACGGUGGGCAAGCCGUUCGCCAUUGAAGGCUACGGCAUCGGCCUGCCGCAAGGUUCACCUCUGACCCGCAACGUGUCCGAGUUCGUCAGCCGCUACAAGUCAGACGGCUUCAUGGACAUGCUGCACGACAAAUGGUACAAAGUGGUGCCCUGCGGGAAGCGCGUCUUUGCCGUCACUGAGACGCUCCAGAUGGGCAUCCAGCACUUCUCGGGCCUGUUUGUGCUGCUGUGCAUGGGGGUGGGCGGCGCCUUGCUGACCUUGGCGGGCGAGCACACCUUUUAUCACCUGGUCAUCCCGCGCCUCCGUAACAGACACACGCUGCAGUACUGGCUACACACCAGCCAGAAAAUUCACCGAGCUCUCCACACGGCGUAUGAGGAAGAAGGCAAAGAGCUGACGGGUCUUGAACAAAGCGCCUCUUCUUGCAUCUCGGACAACUGCAGCCUGCAUAGAAAGCAGCAUCAGCAGGCUCCCCCGCCAUCUCCCCCCAAAUCCCUCCCCGCCUCCAGCGGCAGCUCCUCGUCGCCGUCCCACGAGCCCAAGGAAAAGCGGGUGCACUUUGACCUGGACACCCUACACAGCUACCGGCUGCGCACCCACACCGCCUCAGUGCGGGGACGCCCCGGCAUGGUGGGCCGGCCCGGUCUGGGCCUCGGCGGCUUGGGUCUCCCCAGCCUGGGGAAUUUGGGCCUCCAAGCCAACGGGGGUCCCGUCUCGGCGCUGGCAUCGGCGGGUUUGGUACUCUCUCCUUUGGGGGGGAGGGGCGGACAGACCAGCCUGUGGGAAGGGGAGCUGCAGGAGCUCCAGGAGAAGAUCGAGAUCUUUCGAAACCAGCUGAGGGAGGCGCUGGCCAGGAGGGCGGAGAUCCAGACCAGCCUGGAGCGGGAACGCAGCGGAGCAGUACGUCGGGACACUAGCCUGGAGCGGGAGCGGGACCGGCUGCGGGUCCAAACCAUCAGCACAGACAAAAGCAGCGCCCCUCAGCCCGACAGAACCGGACAGACUCUCAACAACCAGCCUCAGCAGGUCAUUCCCGGGAACCUCGCGCUCGGGAAAAUCGGCCCGCUGAACACAAUCAACAGCCUGGACCGAGGGCGAGCCCCCCAGCUACGUUCGGUUCCCCUCCCGGCGGAGGAUCAAACCGGCCAGUCGCGUGCCGCUUCUUCCGCCAGUUUGGACCGAAGUCGGUUCGGCCAGCACGGCACCGUGCAAUUGGCCCGGAACACUCUGAGCCUCGACCGGCAGAAGGCGAGCCUGACGCGCGUUCUCAGCACUUUGGACAGGACAAGAUCCAGCCAUUCAGACGCAGGGGGCGGGGCUUGAGAUUAGUUGAGGUCGUUUCCGCUGGAGAAAACGUACAUAGCCGCGGGAAGACAGGCACGAUUCAUUAAAAAUAUUAACAGCGGACUCAUUUCUACAUUUUAUUUGUUUAUGUUUCGAUGCUGUCAAACGUAAUACAGUAUUGUCAUUCAGCUCUGCAUUUGACCGCUAGAGGGCGCUCUUGCCCUUCUUCCCGCAUCUAUGGAGACCUUUUAAAGUGACUGAGGACAAUGGAGAAGCAAUCUAUUUUUCAAGGGGGGGAAAAAAAAGGCCUUUGUGAAUUCCUUCAGUCCAUUUUCUGCUGAUCAUGUGCAAUACCUCUGCAGUCCUACCACUUCCACGUUUGGAUCCGAGGACAUCCCUCCAAGGCUUUUCAAAGUGGAGAAGCGGUGCAGCUCGUAACUGACAAGGACGAGAAUAUAUUUUACACUUUACGACAAAAGCGCUCCGUACUAAAACGUUGACGCGAAAUACGUUUCAUCCAUCCACUUAUAGACAAAUUGUAACCACAUUUAUAGAGAUUUUAUGAUAUGGACCAUUCCAUGUUUUGAAAUAAACAUUUAUAUACAUA